ACUAAAUUCUGAAGAUCACAAAAUAUUACUUUAUUGAAAACUUAAUGCUGUAAAAUAUUACGAAACUAGUAAAUAUGGAAAUGAGUGAAAAUUCCGUAUUAUAAAUAUGAAAUAAAUGAAAUGAAUAUAAAUAAUGACUAAUAAAUGAAUAAUAAAAGCUACCAAGAAGUCUUAAGAUUCACCAAAGUUUUAUUCAGUAACAGAAGGAAAACAUACAAAAAAUAUCCUCUUCGCAAGUUGGAAAGCAAAGGUGCAAUUGAAGUAUUUCGAUAAGAGGCUUUGAAAAGGCUUUGCGGCUUUCUGCAGUAUUGAAAUUCUUCAUUACUGAGAUUCUCCUGAUUUAACCGACACCACAUCCCAUUCCCUUUUCACGGUGGAUUUUGAAUUUUUCAAAAAACAAUGAUUUUCAAUUUCCUGUUCCCCAUUGGUUUCACCUUUCUGCUACUGCUGACCGAAACCACAGCCGAUGCAUCAAAAAAUGAUCCGAUUGGCAAACCUUUCUCUUAUUACAAGCUGCUAGCAAAUGAAACAUUUUGCGAGGACAUGGAGGAUAAGGAUUGUAUAGCUUGGAGCAAUGCAUUGAAUCAUAACGAUGGAAAUGAGAGUUCUAUUACCUUAUUUGUGGAUGACCAAACCCAAUGUGAACUCAACCAAACCAUACGCUGUGAUCCUUUAUAUCCGUACCGAAGAAUAAAUGGAAGUUGCAACAAUUUAGCUCAUCCAACCUGGGGAAUGUCGAAAGGAUGUUAUUUGAGAUUUCAGCCAGCAUUUUAUGAUGGGACUGACAACAUUCGGAAAUCUGUAACUGGAAAUCCACUACCCGAGCCAAGAGAUAUCAGUAUAAAUAUUUUCAAGGAUGUUCACAGACAAUCUUCAAAGUUUUCUUUCAUGUUCACGCUUUAUGGUCAAACUGUAGCUCACGAUUUAUCUCGAGCCGAAAUUUCAGAAUUGGAUCUGGACUGCUGUUCACCAGAAUUUAUUAAUCAUUCGGCUUGCGUAUCUCUACCAGCAAGAUCUGACGAUCCAUUCUAUUCUCAGUACAACCAGACAUGUUUAUUUAUGCACAGGACUCAUAAAUGUUUACCUUGCAGUGGAACUAGUAGACAACAGAUUAAUGGUGCAACAGCUCCGUUGGAUGUUUCUACUAUAUAUGGUCCUGGUCAUAGGAAAUCAAUGAAAGUACGAGCCAGGGAUGGUACAGGUAAAUUGCUGUCAAAUGUAACUGAAAAUGGAGAAAUCUUUACUUUUGACUACAACGCUCAUAGACUUUUCUGCCCUCUUCAGAGAAAUUGCUUUUUAACCGGAGAUGUACGUGUCAAUCAACACGUUUUCCUGUCCUCCAUGGAGACGCUUUUCAUGCGAGAACAUAAUAGAGUCGCGACAAAACUCAAAAAGCUGAACCCAGAUUGGGAAGAAGAGAAAUUGUUCGGAGAAGCAAGAAGAAUAGUCACUGCAACUCUACAGUGCGUCACCUUUAAGGAAUUUUUGCCGAAACUUCUUGGACCCUAUGCUAUGAGAAAAUUUGAUUUGGCUGUAAAAAAUACUUCGGAUGGAACAAAUUACAACCCGAAUAUUCAAAUUGGGGUCAGGAAUGAAUUCGCAACCGCAGGCUUCCGGAUCCAUAGCAUGAUUCCAACAGAAGUCGGCUCAUUCGAUUUAAAAUUCAGAUAUGCGUAUCAGUAUCCAGAACUGAUUAUGGAUGGUCACAUGGGGAAAUUACUGAAAGGAGCCUCUAAAACUCCAUCCGAGAAAAAUGACCGUUAUUUUGUGAGUGAUGUUACCAAAUACUUGGCUAUGUAUAGGGGAAUACCAAUUGGAACGGAUCUAGCAGCUGUCGAUAUUCAGAGAGGGCGAGAACAUGGAUUGGCUCCUUACGUAGUCAUGGUGAGAUUUUGUUCGGAAGGAAAAAUUAGCAUUAAAAGCUUUCAUGAUCUUACACCUCUGCUGAUGUCGAAGAAAAGAGCAGAACUUUUGAAGGAAAAUUAUGAGUCCGUAGAAGACGUAGAUUUGUACGUAGGAUUACAUUUGGAACAUAAAUUUCCUGGUUCAUUAGUCGGUCCAACAGCUAUGUGUAUGAUAACCCAGCAGUUUUAUUUCGCCAAAUUUGGCGAUCGAUUUUAUUUUGAACAUGAAGGAGAGGUGUCUUCCUUCACUAAAGCUCAAAGGAGUUCUCUUAAGCAAUGCUCCCUCGCUCGUCUUUUGUGCGAUAAUUCUGAUUUCACACACGUGCAAAAGUCUCCUAUGCUUCUUCCUAGUUCCGAGAAUCCCGAAGUACCUUGUGAAGAUAUUCCCACAAUCGACCUCAAUCACUGGAAGGAAUGAGCUGUAGCUGUAAAA